AAUCGCGCAAAAAUUUAGCUAUACGUUCAGUAUGAAACGCUUAUUAAGAGUCAUGAAUGCAGUGAGUAUUCUUAUAUAGGUCCUGAUGAUUUUUUUGCUGUUUUUCAGGAAAAGUCUAUAAAUUUGAUCAGACUCAAAUGUUCUUUUUCGCGGUUUUAUUUAGCUCACUAGAUUUCCUUUGUUGAAAUGAAGGCAAAUUCCACUAUUGAACAGCAAAGGUGUCAAGGUCACGAAACACAUGAUCGACUUCUAAUUUCGAUAAUGGAAUUUUAUUUCGAGCAACUUCACCUAUAUUUGCGGAAUCCGCUAACAUUAGAGGAAUCCGGAACAAUUAGCUUAAAUCGCUUGUUGCGGAAUCCGCAACAAAACGAAUAUGCUGACAAAAUUUACGCUACAAAAAUUUGUGCGCGGAAUCCACGGAAAUUUUAUUAGUAGAAUCCCUUUAUCUUUGGACCAUGGUGAAAGACUUGUCUCUGCAUUCCAGUGUCUUACAGACACCAAAUUAUGAGCUGAUCCAGUGUACAUUUUGCCCUCGUAAUGCGCGUUUAAGAUCGUUUUUCAUGUGUCGCUAGCUAAUAAUCAAGAUACCAAGCUCAAUCCAGAUAAUUUGAACGAUAACGUUUGCUUUGAAUGAUAUAUAGUUAAUUGAGUGAUUCAUAGUUAAGAUCUGUUAAAUUGAGUGGAUAUGAAUCUAUGUCGUUCUUCUUACUGUCGCCAGCGUGCGAGCGUUAGGUUAAUAGUACGAACCUUUUUUUUCUAACCUAACUCGCAAAUAAAAGUGUUCAUUAAAAGUGUUCGCUUAUUUGGGGGUACUUUUGCUAUAACCACGAUCUGUAGCAUUGGAAAUUUCAUAUCAUCUGUUCUCUGCUUUAUAUGUGGCUAGUGUUUGAGAUUUAUUCAGCAUCCGUGGCUAAGGGGUUAGUGAGUGAGACUCAUAAUCUUUAUGUCGCAGAUUGAAUCCGAGACAUAGCCGAAUUUUACUAGAUCGAGGCAUAUUUCUACUUUUCUCUUAUUGCAAUUUAUAGAGAUGCCUUUUGCCGUGUUCCCGCUAGUGUUUGAGAAGUCCAGCUUCGCCUGUGUCUAAAUAUUGUUUAGAAAGUAGGUCUUUAAAGAACUGGUGCCAUAUUUCAAUUUCGAAGAUAGCAUAUGCCUGAAAACUUUGCCGACCAAUAUUUGCACACAUUAGUGGUGACACAAACUAUUUAUCUAUCCAAUGAUUGAUCAAAUUAUUAUACCUCAUCGCAAAUAGUCAUAUCUUAACUCUGGAUUAUUUUAUCAUCCUAAUCUCUCUAAACACUCCUAAACUGGCAAAAUAUUAUCAAAACUAUCUUAUUAAACCUGAUAUCGUUGAUUCACAUUUAUCGGCAGUUGGAAAAAGAAUCAGCGUUUCAAAGAGAAUCUUAACUGCAAAGAACGAAGAAAUGAUACCGAGUCUUCUCGAGCUGUCGUUUUUUGUUUCUUCGAUUCUUCAAACAGUCUCCUUUCAAGUAACCAAACCGGGUCGAGUUGUGCAAUGUAAUGGCCAAGUGGCAGAAAACUACUCGCCUGUAGUGGGAAUAUUGGCGGAAGAUUGCUGGGCGAAAGCUGACAUAAAAGAGGGAGCGAGUCACAUUCAGGCGUCGUACGUGCAGUGGGCAGAACAGGCAGGUAUCCGAGUGGUGCCUGUGUUCCUGAACAGAUCACAAACUUACUAUGCCCAAGUGUACAAGAGGGUCAGUGGACUCAUUCUGCCGGGAGGAGGCGUCAUCAUGAAUGUUGGAGAUUACUACAACACGACCAAAUUGUUUCUGAAGUGGAGCUCGCAAGAUUAUCUUGAAAGUGGAAAACAGUUUCCGAUUUGGGGAACUUGCAUGGGCUUCGAGGUGCUUGCCUACAUUCUAAACGGCGAAAAGGAAUGUCGCUAUUUCAGCUAUGGAACCGACGGUGUAUCAUUGCCACUCAACUUCACAGAAAACGUGGAGAAAUCUAGAAUGUUUGAGAACGCACCUGGUUGGCUAAUGGAGACUCUUAGAAACAAGCCGAUCACGGCAAAUUUCCAUAGUCGUUCGAUAUCCAAGAAGUUUUUUGAAUCAAACUCAGACAUGAACGCAACUUGGAACCUGCUUUCGACCAACGAGGAUGCGAAUGGAAUAGUAUUUGUUUCGACAGUUGAGCACAAUUUGCUGCCCAUAUAUGGAAGUCAGUGGCACCCAGAAAAGAACCAGUUUGUGUACGCAGAAGUUGAAGACCCGGUCAAUCAUUCUGUUGGCGCUAUUAGAGUGAUGCAGUACUUUGCAGACUUCUUUGCCAAUGAGCUGCGAAAAUCGUGCAAUGUUUAUCCGGAAGAAGAUUUUGCGAAGGACCAGAUUUGGAACUAUAAAAUAGUUUACUCUCUAUCGAGUUUGAAUCUAAAAUUUUACUUCGAUAAUUGACUUGCAUUCAAUUUUUUUGAAAUCGAGAUAUAGGGGACGCUUUUGAUUUUAACUUUGAUUUGAUGGACAAAUUUAAGCAUGUAACAUUUUUAAAAACCGAAAAGAAGUUAUGAAAUGUUGCAUGCGAUUUGAAUUUUAGAUAAUUUCAAGUUUGAUAAAGCCAGUUUUGUUCUAAAAAAAACAAAGCGUUUAGUCAUAAGGAUUGAGCGAAUCAGUUUAUGUUUGGGUAAGUUUCGAUU